AAAGGCAUAGAGAGAUUGGUUUUCUUUCUCUCGGCAUCUCCACCCAACCAGCAGAAAACCGGUCUCUGAGAUUCCACCAAAAUAUGGAACUUGAUUUUGGACACUUUGACGAAAGAGAUAAGACAUCCAGGAACAUGCGAGGCACACGGAUGAAUGGACUGCCUAGCCCCACUCACAGUGCCCACUGUAGCUUCUACCGAACCAGAACCUUGCAGGCACUGAGUAAUGAAAAGAAAGCCAAGAAGGUACGUUUCUACCGCAAUGGGGACCGUUACUUCAAGGGGAUUGUGUACGCUGUGUCCUCUGACCGUUUUCGCAGCUUCGACGCCUUGCUGGCUGACCUGACUCGAUCUCUGUCUGACAACAUUAACCUGCCUCAAGGAGUGCGAUACAUUUACACUAUUGAUGGAUCCAGAAAGAUUGGAAGCAUGGAUGAACUGGAGGAAGGGGAAAGCUAUGUCUGUUCCUCAGACAACUUCUUUAAAAAGGUGGAGUACACCAAGAAUGUCAAUCCCAACUGGUCUGUCAAUGUGAAGACAUCUGCCAAUAUGAAAGCCCCUCAGUCCCUGGCUAGCAGCAACAGUGCCCAGGCCAGGGAGAACAAGGACUUUGUACGCCCCAAACUGGUGACCAUCAUCCGCAGUGGGGUGAAACCUCGGAAGGCUGUCCGCGUGCUUCUGAACAAGAAGACGGCCCACUCAUUUGAGCAAGUCCUCACUGAUAUCACUGAAGCCAUCAAACUGGAGACUGGGGUUGUCAAAAAACUCUACACUCUGGAUGGAAAACAGGUAACCUGUCUCCAUGAUUUCUUUGGUGAUGAUGAUGUGUUUAUUGCUUGCGGUCCUGAAAAAUUUCGCUAUGCUCAAGAUGACUUUUCUCUGGAUGAAAAUGAAUGCCGAGUCAUGAAGGGAAACCCAUCAGCCACAGCUGGCCCAAAGGCAUCCCCAACACCACAGAAGAAUUCAGCCAAGAGCCCUGGCCCUAUGCGCCGGAGCAAGUCUCCAGCUGACUCAGGUAACGACCAAGACGCAAACGGAACCUCCAGCAGCCAGCUCUCUACCCCCAAGUCUAAGCAGUCUCCCAUCUCUACGCCCACCAGUCCUGGCAGCCUCCGGAAGCACAAGGUAGACCUGUACCUGCCUCUGUCCUUGGAUGACUCUGACUCCCUUGGGGAUUCCAUGUGAAGGAGAAAAAGUGUUCAGAGUCCAGAGUACAAAUCCAAGCUUAACAUUACAGUAGAGUACUUCUGCUCAAGUAUCCAAUAGUGCUAUUGGUGCUUUCAACUUUUUAUCUUUUUGUUUUUGUUUUUGUUGUUAUUUUUCAAAAACACAUUGUAAUACAUUGGUUUCAUUUUCCUGUGAUAUCUCCUCUGGGCCACUGAUCCACAAUUACCAAUUAUGAGAGAUAGAUUGAUAACCAUCUUUGGGGUAACACUACAGGGAUGCAAAACAUGCUAGUCUAUGACCUUUCUAUUGAAUGCUUAGGCACGUGCAUUAUUUUUCCCAUCUUGCUUCAUUCAUAUACUACAGUCUUCUUUCUGUAGAUGGCUGUUUAUGUACAUGGUACUUAAAAUGUGUGUGUGGGGAAAAAAGCUCAUUGGCGGAUCCAAGAGUGACAAACACGAGUGUCCCUUGUCUCUGGAUCUCAAGAAUGCUGGAGAAUCAUGGGAGUAAGGUGAGGCAGCUCCCAAACCUCCCUCUUCACUCCUAAUUGAUCCCCCAGUUUCUUGUCUAGCACCAAUUCUGGCUGUCAAGGGGGAGAAACACCAGCAACUUGUAAUCCUGACAGCAGAUGCUUAGGACCCCAGUGCAGGGCUAAUUAAAAAAGACUAGGCAUAAUUGGGAACUACUGCCUUUUUUUCAGUAGUUUAUAAAGCACAGUGUAUUCCUUGUCAACUUCUCCAGUGGGGCAAUUUGAAAUCAAUAAGCAAUUGAUAUGAGUUGAGGAGGGUGAGGUAUUUUGUAUACCUGAUUCUUCUAAGAGUCUGUCUAACAUGCCGAGUUAUUAAUACAACAAUAUGGUAUCAAUCUAUCUCUGUUCUAUUGAAUGCCUUGUAAACAGCCAACACUGAAAACACUGUGAGAAUUUGUUUUCAGGUCUGACACCUUUUGGUCGCCUUUUAUAGCAAGAAACCAAUAUCCUUUUUAUAAAAACUAGUGUCUGUAUUUUAGGAGCAAACUCCUUCACGCUCUUUUUAUAAACUGGUGAUUUUUCUUUUGUCUAAAAAACAUGCAGAAAAUUUACCAAAAAAAAUGCAGAAGAAUAAUGUAGUUUAGAAAUCAUGCUGUCACUGCCAAACAGAAACCUCCAGGAGAAAACAAAAUGAAUAGCAGAGGCCAAUUCAAUAGAAUUAAUCUUUUGAUAGAUUUUUAACAGCUAUGGGUACAUUAAUAAUUUCAGUGUGGACCAGGCAUCCUAAUUAUAUUUUAAAUGAAGUGUUACAGCAUAUUUUAAGCAACUCUUUUUUAUCUAUAUUCCUGAUAUUUCAUACAGAAGACACAGAAACCUUUCAUUUCUCUUUAACACUAGCAAAGCAUUUCUCUUUGCUAAGGACUGGCUAAUUGAAAUAGUUCUCAGUCUUUGAUGUACAGAUUCAUAGCACUGCUUUUUGUCUGUAAUCAUAGCUCAUAAUGGCAAAAACAAAUAAAUAAGUGAAAGCCGUGCAUGCCAAUUCUGUGUUUGAAUUAGCAGAUAUGAAGAUUUCCUUAUUUGUUUGUAAUUGUUCAGAUAUUUUGAAAGGUGCAACUUUCAAAGCCAAGCUGCUCUUUGGCUACUGAAUGACUUGUAGUCAUUCUUGCACUCUAACUGGAAUGAGCUUGCUGUGUGUAUGUGUGUGUAUCUGCAUCUGCAUCAUAAUUAGGAGAUUCUAUAGGACACCUUGACAUGGAUUGGUGGCAACUUGAUGGCAUUGCUGAUGUGCACUGUGUAGGGGGGGACCUACUGAUGGAAGGGGUAGCUCAGAUGCCCCAAGACAAGCUUCAGAUGUCCUCAGCUUGCCAGAAACACUUUUGUUUCAGGAAAAGUCCAGAGGCUGGUAGUACUGGAUCCGGUUAAAUUGAUCUUUGAAGAACCUAAAAUUGUGAGGAUUUCUUAUUGCCUACCCUCUUUUAGUUGUAGACCUGUUAGAAACCAUUAAGAAGCCUGUUUUACUCACAUGCUAAUUCUUUCUAGACACUCAGGGUUUUCUUAGUGCCUCCCAGAACAGUCUCUAAUUAAUUGGGAAAAAUUGGUACUGAAGAUAUGGUGGUGGGGGUAGAGAGUGGGAGGCCUAUUUCUAAACUUCAGGCUAGAGUCCCAAAACCUCCACUCAUGGUCUCUCUCCAGAUUUCUUGCUGAGAGAUCAUUUCAUCUAAUACCUUCAUUUGAAGAUGAGGAAAUGGAGGCCCGGGGAUGCUAAGUGACCUGAUGUUUAAAAGCUGGACCAGGUGAAGAAUUCAUAUUUCUACAUGCCCAGGACCUGUGCUAGCUCUCUGAGCAUUUCCUUCUGUGUGGCAUAUGUACCCCAGAAAAUACUAAAUGGAUAUAUUUUCUUUAGAAUGAUCUUCAAAACAAAAGAUUUCUAUAACAUUAGUAAAAUUUCCAUCCUUCUUUAAAUCAAUUAUAAGGAAAUGUUUCCAUACCACCAGUUCAGGGGGUCUUGGUGUAGUUCAAAUUUUCAGCCUCCAAUAAUUGCAUUUUAAAUUGGUCCAUUUUUAAGGCAUUUUUUUUUUAACUGAGCUCCUUCACCCCUGCCAAUCAUUCCCAAAUUUACCCAGUCCAGUUUUACCAUUACAGUCCCAUUGUGUCACCUUUUACACAGUUAGCAAAUAUCAAGUCAUUCAGCAAGCAUCUGCCACCUUUCUCCCCUUCUCCUUCUUUCACACACACACACAAACACAUGCACAAUCCAUCUGUUGCUUGUUCCUACCUCCUGAUUUUUCUCCCCUAUGGAAGUAGAACUAGGGACAAAGAAGGGGAAAAUGUAUAUAUGGGGGCUGGGCUGGACAACUUCAUAAGUAGUGUUAAUUAGGGGUAAAUUGAGAGAAAAGUUCCUUUUCUCUUCACUGUUUUGGAAAGGAUAGCCAUUAGCAUGACUGCUUUGUGUCCAUAUGGACGUCAGAAUUAGUCUAGAUUGAAUCAUAGAGUUUUCUAGCUGGAAGGAACUUUAAGAUCACAUCAUUUACUCCAAAUACCUCAUUUUUCAGGCCAGGAAAUGGAGAUGCAGAAGUAAAAGUAAUUUCCCCAAGGUCACACAUCUGGCUAGGGGUAGGGCUGGGAUUAGAACCCACAUCUCCUGGCUUUUUUUCCAGGGUCUUUUCCCACUAAACUGUAUUGCCUUUCACUAGGCUCCUGAGAAUUCUUUCCCAGGGUCAUGUUGCAUCUUGAAGCCAUAUGCUACUACCCUGACCUCAGUGGGAAAUUCACCCAGCAACCUAAUACAGCUCUUUCUCCCCAUAUUCACAUGAUUCCCAUCCACAUGGACUGCAGAUGUCCCCAGAGAGACAGAGGCAUUGAGGAGCAACAGGGUCCCCAGCCUUGUCUAUCCAAAACAGGGGAUCACUGCCCCACGUUGGGGAGCCCUCAGAAGAGCCUCUUGAGCUCCUGCUCUGUCCAAGUGGAAUGGAGGAAGAUUGUUUUUCCUUGUCAGCUCACUUCAUGUUAUCGCGUACUGAUUGGUCUUCCCAGGCCGAGGGAAAUAUUUCUUGUUUCCAGAGCAGGGAAAGGAAGAAAGGAAAAGGGAACAAUUGCUUUGUUCCUCCUGAUUUUGUGAGGUGACUUUUCAGCAUUUUAAAAAUUUUUGUGGCUGCCAUCUUCCGGCAGUGAUUUCUUUUAAAAUAUGGGAGCAAAACAGCUAGAGGAAAUACCCUAGUCUUGCUGUGGUUGUCCCCUUCCACAAUGUCCCCAUAGCCAUCCUGCCCUGAGUGGGGUUAAUUUCCAGGUAUAAGCAAGGGGAUUUUUGACUAAAAUGUACCCUGGCUGAUGUGAAACAUUGGCUCCUUGUGUUUGCAACAAAAUAGUAGGCUGUGUGCUCUAUAUGCCACACCCAUCUUCUUGUGUACGCUGCUCCUGUGAACUUCCACAGCAGAAACUGGGGCCACAAGGUCUGAACACAUUUUCCUUGCAGCAGAGCUCUUCCUGGGAACUAGGGGAUAUACGUUAGUUCUGUUCCAAGAGACCUCCUUCCAGGCUUACCCUACUUCUCAGUAACUUUUCUUUCCCUCCUUCUCCUUCUCCCCAAUCAGAAGUAGACAAAGACCUUUAAAGUAUAUGUGUAGCUAUCUGAAGAAGGCAAGAAGAGGGUCUGCAGACUCUAGAUCCUUCUUAGAAUCAAUCACCUGACCCGAAUCUUAGACCAACAAUCCAGUGCUUGCCUUGGACAAAAUUGUGUCUGCUUCACCAUUUCCUUCAAUACUCUGGGUAACGAUGCCCCCGAGUACCCUCUGCUUUUGUACUAAAUGGGUUUUCUCUUUUUUAAAACACAUAUCCCUGAGACAGUGGAUCAAGCAUGCCAAUGUCUCCAAAAUGAGCUCUAGCACACUGAUGAAGAUGUCCCAAAGAUCAGCCCAGCUCAGCAUCUAUGCCAAGAGAUUUCCCCAGACAGAGGCAUGGGAUGGAGGGGUUUGAAUGACCUCCUUCACUGUCCAGUUUGCUAUGAAAAUUAAAAAAAAAACUUUGGAGAUUUUUUUAAAGCCAUGGGACCCUGUCCUUGGCCACUUGGGGCUACCUGGAUCCCCACAGCCAGGUCUCAUUCAUAAUUGCAUUAAGGGAUUUGGCUUUUAGGCCCUAACUAGUUUUGGAGCUUAUUUGGGGAAAGAGUGGGGUUGGAGUCCUUUGGUUUGAGACCUGGAACCCAGCGUUGGCUAGCAGACCUCACUUCUUGCCUAAGUAAGGAGCUGGAAGCUCUGGUCACACAGAAAAUGCAUUUCUAAACCCACAGAACACUGAUUCCAGUGGGAAGCACAAUAGCGGCUGGGACUGUUAGGGGCUUCUCGUAGCUCUUCCCAUUUUUUCUUCUCAGAAACUGGAGAAAUCCCUCUCCAUCAGCCUGUCUUUCAGUAUGCCUGGCUGAAGAAUUUUGCCCCCCCAUCCCUUCAGAAAAAGGUGGCUUUUUUCUCUGUCUCCUCCACCCUGGUUCCCAGAGCUGGCCUCCAUCUUUAUACACAGUCUCUUGGUAUUGUUUCCCCAUUAAGAACCAGCUUGUGCCAGCUCCCCUGGAAGGCACAGAAAGGGAAAGCCCCAUAUUGUCUUCAUGACCCACACAGUCCCAUCCUGGUGCCUCUGAGCUCGUGUUAGCUAUACUUUCCAAUGGAGUGGCCAGUCCAGGAAGUAGCAGCAGGGAACAGUGCAAGACUAAAUACUAGGCUAGUCAUCCAUCCAUUCUGGCUGUUAGCAUAGGUAUUCUCUCAUGUGGUCACUCCAUGAACAUGUCUUCUUUAGAAGAAUGCCUAUGGAAUCAAUUACACUGCUAAUGGAUGGGAUAAGACACAUGUACUGAAAAAGUCAGAAAUACUUAGUACAUUCAGUUGUCAUACUGGUUUCCCCAUUCAUGCUAAGGAUCCAUGCAGACCUCCCACUAUGGCCUAGCUAGUGUGACACUGGUUAUCAUUUGAGAAGACUUUUGGGUCCCUUUUUAUCUGCUUAACUUUUCAUCUCUUACUUUAUAGGCUUGAACAUCUGGAAUCAGAACAAUCUUGUCUUACCUUGGAGGUCUGAGGCUAGGGGACGGUAGAAUUUCCAUUGGGAAUUAAAGCAUCUUACUGCUCUUGAUAAGAAGGGCAGGCUCAUUGGGAGAAGUCAGAUGGCCCAACAGAAGUCAGAGCAAAUGCCUUAUAAACCAAGGCAAAGAUUUGAAGGUAUUGGAACUUCUCAUUUCUGGGUUAGUAACCUGAAGAAGGGUUUUUGCCACUCUUUACCUCUCCUGUGCAUUUCUUUUUAUAUCUCUAGUUCACUAUAUUUGCUCUCAGUUUUAUAUUCUUUGUAUCACUCUCUCUCUUUACACAGUACAAACAUCUAUCCUUCAUCCUCCGCAAUUCUUCUCUUUCUCUCCCUCUUUUUAUUUUUUCCUUCUCUCCUGUCUAGGUGUUAGGCAUAUGCCUCUUCAUAGUCCUCUAAUUUUGCAUUGAGAGUGAUGAGAAGUUAUUUCCAGACUCAAACAGCCCUGUCCCUAUCCCAGUCCAGUCAGAAGUAUAUUGGUAGGAAUCAAUCCUGGCCUUUCUUCUCCACUCUCAGACUUAAUCCCCCUUAGCAGAUCCUCCCAAGAAGUUUCCUGAUAGCUCAUGUAUCUUUGAGUCUUUACCUUCCAAGCACUGUACAGAAUUCUUUGUGGUUCCUUUUUAUCUCCCAUUUUAUGGAGCAUUGAAGCAUGCUCAGAGAAAUAAUCAGUUGAACAGAAAAAUCCACCCAUGGAUUCAUAUUAGCAAUAUGCUAUUAACUGUCUUUGUUUAAUUUGUCAUACUUAAGAAAGCUGCAAUAUAAUAUAUUGAGGGACCAUAGGUAUGUUCUCCUGUCAUU